AUGAGUAUAAAUGCGGUAGAAGAAGGUAACCAUGAAUACCAGAGGGAUAUUAGUGGUGUUAGAGGAGGGCCUUUAGAACCAGAGGUUGCUGUUGAGAAUGUACAGAUGGAGAGUCCUAUUCAAAUUGAUAGUGACAGUGAUGAUCAACCAGUCAGAAUGAGGAAAAUAGUACGCUUUAAAGGCGAGUCAUCUAAGAGAAGAGGUCAAUGUAGCAAUUCUCAUGAGGUUAAAAAUGUUGGUGCUGAAGGAGGGAAAACUGAUAUAGAAAUCAGUGAUGAUGAUGCUGAAGUGAAACAAGUCAUCUAUUCUACAGUUGUUGUUCGGGUUGAAGAAGUGCAGGAACAACCUGCAAUUGGUGAAGGUAAUGAUGGUUUGGUACGACAAGAGCAACAACAGCCGCAAAUUUAUCAGAUGAGGGACUUAGAGGAGGAGCCAGAACACGAAGAGGAGGAAGGCGAGGAUCAGGAUGAUUUAUUGUACGAUGAUUCUGAAGAGGAUAUUGGUUAUCCAUACCAUUAUCACUCGCCUGAAGUUUCUGCUGACGAUGAUGAUGCUUAUGGGUUCGAUUCUGAUUAG